AUGGUUGGUGUUUCCGGCAAGAACUUGUAUCCUCCCGUAUACGGAUUAAGCAUGGCCCGACAUAUCACUGCUCGAAGUAGCUUCUCCUCUACGGAGGAAUACGUAGGUACAGAGUCAGGAGUCCCACCCAAAGACCAAACACAAGGUCAAGGCCACACCCCGCGCCGCCCGACCACGCUGGAAGCCGUCCAAGCGCUGCUUAACUCCGUCGAUGGAUGUCGCUGGGGUCCGAAACUGAUGCGGCAGCAUGGCGGCACAGCAACACUAGUCCACAAAGUCAUUAUUGCCGGCACCGUACCAGAGUACAUACCAUGUGCUGUACAGGUACAGGUACAGGUAUGUUCGUAA